CACGAAAGCAGAGAUGUCUUCAGAUCCAUGUGGCAGAUCCCUGCACUGAUAUGGGAAUCAACAAAGAAGGAGUUGGGAGAAGUAAAGGCGGGUUCUGGAGUCCAGGGGGAGUGUAAUGCAGUUAGUGCUGCAGGAGUGACGGUUUCUGCAAGGUCGGGGGAGACUGAUUGGGAAACCGCACACAGGCGUCUAGGGCAUGUGGCUAUGCCAUUGCUGCAGCAACUGCAUAAGGAAGAAGCAGUAAAGGGGCUCAAGCUUUCUGGGCAACCAAAUGCUACCAAGUGCGAGACGUGUCUGCUGAGCAAGUUCACACGGUUCCCCUUUCACGGCGUAGCUGGGAAAAGCAAGGCAGCACUGGAACUGGUGCACAUGGACCUCGUAGGACCUUUUCCAGUCCGAGGAAGUAAGGGGGAAAGGUACUUCCUGACAAUAGUUGAUGACUGGAGUCGGCUGAUGUGGGCAUACCCGUUGAAGCAGAAGGAUCAUGCUGCCUCAACAAUACGAGAUGAUUGGCUGCCGUUCGUCGAGCGACAAUCUGGGCACCCAUGCAAGAGCAUCAGAACCGACCGAGGUGGAGAGUUUCUAGGAGGAGAUCUGACUGCGUGGCUCAAGAAACAAGGCAUUGAGCAUCAGCUAACGACGUCCUAUACCCCUCAGUCAAAUGGCGUUGCUGAGAGGGCUAAUAGGACCAUCCUGGAAACUGCGCGAGCGCUGCUGAUCGAAUCAGGGCUGGGGAACUCCAUGUGGCCUCAUGCGGUGAGGCAUGCUACAGUGGCAAGGAACCGCGUACUCACAAAGGUGGCUGAUGAUAUGUGGGUGCCGCUGGAGAGGUGGCUUGGAAAGAAGCCUCCAGUGGACAUGCUUCGAGUGUUCGGAUGCAUGGCAGUGGCGCAUGUCCCUAAACCGUACAGGACAAAGCUUGGAGCAUCUGCACUUUGGUGUGUGCACCUUGGGCUUGCGGCAGAGAGCAAGGGGUGGCUACUCUGGGAGCCCUCAAAGAAUGUGCUGUUUGAUAGUCGGGAUGUCAAAUUUGUGGAGAACAUCAUGUAUGGCAAGUGGGAGAAGCAGCCGGAGGCAAGGGUCACCCAGCAGCUGGAAGAGAUCACUAUGCACUUCGAUCUGUCCGAACCUGAGGACAGCGAAGUCACUGCGCCAACGGCAAGCGGUACUGAUGAAGGAAGCAAUGAGGAUAUUGCAGCUGAUGCUGAAGUCAAGGAUCCGGAGCAGCAGCAGCAAGAGGCUUCCAAAACACCAAGUCUGUCAAAGCGAAGGAAACAGAUUGGUGGGGGGACAAAGGAUUGGGUGAAGGUGAAAGAAUGGGUAAAUCCAACCAUCUACCCUGCACGUACCAGAAUGGCAAUGAGAAAGCUGUUGAGCUCCACAAGUGGAGGAGCCACAACUGAGCAGCAGGAACAGGCUCAAGGCGAAGAUGCAGUGCUGUUCUUGGGUGAUGACCAAGAGUCAGAUGACAAGGAGCCUGCAUACUGCUUUUACGCACCAAUACAACCUCCGAGCAUGGAUCAUGCGCUAGCCGGGCCUCAACGGGGGAAGUGGCUCGUUUCAAGAGAUGCAGAGUACAACAGCAAGAUGGAGAAUCACACAUGGGACCUGGUGUACUUGCCAAAUGGGAAGAAGGCAAUACAGUGCAAGUGGCUGGCAAAAAUCAAGACGGAUGAGAAAGGAGAGCCAUCAGUUUACAAGAGCAGGCUGGUGGCAAAGGGGUUUCAGCAGAAAGCGAAGGAAGAUUACAAAGAAGUGUUUGCCCCAACUGCUAAGUCUCCAACGCUACGUGUGCUGCUGGCGGUAGCUGCUGUGCGCAAAUGGAAGGUGAAGCAGAUGGACAUCGUAACCGCUUUUCUGUAUGGCAUUGUGGAAGAGGAGGUAUACAUGGUUCAACCACCUGGCCAUGAGGAUGGAACCGGUCGUGUCUGCAAACUUAACAAGGCCAUCUAUGGCUUGAAGCAGGCCCCGAGAUGCUGGUACAACAGGCUGGCCAGUGCACUGGAAGGGAUUGGAUUCCGUGCGAGUGCAUGCGACGAGAGCCUAUUCCUGAUGAGCGAGGGGGAGUCGCUUGUGCUUCUGCUGGUGUACGUGGAUGACAUCCUGCUCUUCAGCAGCAGUGACAAGGAGAUCGAUGGGGUGCAGCGGAAGCUCACAGAGCAGUUCAAGUGCAAGUCACUUAGAGAGGCAAGGUACUACCUGGGAAUGCAUAUUGAGCGGGAUACUGAACGUGGCUGGCUCAAACUGCAUCAGGGACAGUACAUCAACACCUUGGCUGAGAAGUACUCUCUGCAGGAAGAACGGGAAGUGGUCACACCUUUGCCUUCCGAGUUCAAACUCAUAAAGGCAGCUGAAGGAGAAGGAGUUGAGAGUGAAGACCAGAGGCAAUUCCAAUCCAUGGUCGGGAACCUACUCUACGCUGCUGUGCAUACUCGGCCUGACAUCAGCUUUGCUGUGGGACAGCUGGCUCGAGUAGUGCAAAAUCCAACAGAAGAGCAGUGUGGUGCAGCGAAGAGAGUGGUGCGCUACCUCAAGUCAUACCCUACAGUGGGAGUACAGUAUUCAGCCUCUGCUCAACUCAGUCAAAAAAGAAUUGAAGUCCUCAAAGAGAAGGGGGAGCAGCUCGGAGAAGGAAAGGUGUUCCUUUCCUGUUUUGCUGAUGCCACGUGGGCUUCUGAGCAUGAGGAUUCAUCAUCAGUUGGUGGAUACAUCUGCAUGGUGGGAGGUGGGCCUGUAAGUUGGAGGUCCAAGAAGCAGUCUGAGACGGCACUAUCUUCAGUGGAAUCUGAGUACAUGGCGAUGUUUCAUGCGGCAAAAGAAAUCAUCUGGCUAAGGAGGCUCUUGAAGGAGAUCGGCCAUGAACAGACUUGUGCGACACCUCUGUUCAGUGAUAGCAAGGGAGCCAUUGCCAUGGCACGCAAUGCAGUUCUUCAUGGGUUGAACAAGCACAUGAGGAUCAUGUGGCAUUGGCUGCGGAAGGAGGUGAAGCUUGGGACACUGGAUCCGAUCUACGUGAAAACUCAGCAACAGCCAGCCGACUUCCUUACCAAGCGGCUAGCUGAAGAGCCACACUGGCGCUGUGCGAGGAUGGCGGGAAUGUCCUUGAACUAGAGACGGCGAAACAAGCCGACAGUCUGAGGGGGAGUGUGUUGGUGCAUAUUCGUUUGCACGUCAUCCUGUCGUCUGUUCGCAUCAUUUCGUUGCAUGUGUUUUGUGUGCUACGUUGUUUGUAUGGUUUGUUGGGUUUGCAUGUCUUUGCAUGUUCAUCUUGUGCUUGUGCAGAUGUGCUUGGAUUGUGCAUGACAUCGAGCACAUUCCAACGAGCCAAGAAUUGU